UCAUCGAACCAGCCAGUCAAACUCACGCGCCCCGCGCGCGCCCGCGUAUCUUGCCACACAAACUAUCAAACAUAACCUUAUCGUGAUAACAACCUAAAUAAAACAUCAAAAGGUGACUGAAAAUAUCCACAAAAACAACGCAAACGCUCUUCUUAAAAGUUAACAAGAUAAAAAUUCAAUCAAAGUGUACUUUGUGUUACGAUUAAGUGUGCGAAUGCCACGGUCCACAGCCUACGCAGCCGGCGGCGUUCCCCUCCAUUCAUUCAAGGUCCAUUCGUUGAACCUAUGUUGCUUCAACUAUUGUAUGAACGCAAUCUUGAUUUAGAAAUGAAUUCAUUAAUGUGUACGAAGACUGCACGGUUUGCUGAUAGCUGUUAGCGAAUCGUCUCUAACAAUGUCAAUGAGCCAGAACGCGGACCAGUUCAACAAACAUAAACAACAACUAGGUAAACAGGGCUCAGAACCGGUCAACUUUCCACCGCGUUAUCAUCCGCCACCACCUGCCGCUGCGAGUUCCAAACAAGCCACUGUCGAUCCAUCCGCUAAAGAAUUCAAACCUCCUUACGCGGGGAAACCGAUAGACCCGAGUAAAUUACAAUAUCCUUUCGGAAUUCACGGCGGCCCGUAUCCAGGUGUACCAUACCCACAUUUAAAAUAUCCUCCGGGAUAUCCAAUUGGAUAUCCAAUUCCGCCAGCUGCUCUCCGUAUGCCGCGACCGCCAGGUGAAGUUAUAACAAAAGCUAUCGUUCACGAACCCAUUGAAUCUACAGCGAGAGCGAGAAGUGCUGACGAUACUCAACGUUUACAGAGGAAUUUGGAAGAGGAGCAACUUCACAGGCGAUCAGCUGACAUGCUAAAGUUCACAAAACGAAUCGAACCCGAUGGACCUAGGCAAUCGACAGACCAAAGGCGACAAAUACAAGCAUUGCUUGAUGAAAUUAAAGCUUUAAAAGAAGCUAAUAGACGGCUUAGUGAAGAUAACCAAGAACUGCGAGAUUUAUGCUGUUUCCUGGAUGACGAUCGGCAAAAGGGUAGAAAGUUAGCACGUGAAUGGCAACGCUUUGGGAGAUAUACAGCGUCUGUCAUGCGACAAGAAGUAUCUGCCUAUCAAAGUAAAUUAAGAGAAUUAGAUGAUAAGCAGCAAGAGUUGAUUCGUGAUAAUCUCGAAUUAAAAGAACUGUGUCUUUAUUUGGAUGAGGAGAGAGAAAGAGGAACCUGUGUUAAUUGUGGACGAACGGCUGGAAGGGAAAGAGAUGACGGCGACGGUAGCAGCAGCGGCACGAAUGCUGAGGAGGUAACACGUCCACCCACGACGCCAGCUUUAGUGACCCACCCACAAUUAGCAGAAAGGACUGUUCAAUAUGUUCGUGACUUAGAGCAGAAAGUGCGUCGACUAGAGGCUGAAAAGGGAUUAGGCACGGGGUUAAGUGAAAGACCUGAAGCCGUAGUGCGUGCUUUACAAGUGUUAGAAGUGAGAGAACGAGUAGAGAGAGAACGAAGAAGACCUGCUCCUGAUUUAGAUACGGGAGAACAGGCUUUAGUCCGUGAAAUGUGUAAUGUGGUUUGGGGAAAACUUGAAGAUGCGCCGGCGCAAGCGCCGCCGCGUUGAUGGUGAAAGUGUUCGAAGAAUCCACGGAACUUUAUCAGAUCUAGUACAUCCCUAUUGGUAUAGAUGGAAAAGAAAUGGAAAACCUGUUUAGCAUGCAGUGUUUGAUUGGAAUUCGUGUCCAUUGAGGUCGCUGGGGCCGCCGUCGUGUUGUGACCUACAAAAUGCACCUUAUGUAGAGCUGACCUUGUUUGUAAAUUGAUGUUUAUACAGAUGAAUGUUUACAAUAUUUUUGUAUUUGACUUGCCCGAUUUUUUAGUGAUAAUAUGUCCGAAAAUGUGAAACGUAAUAGUACAAAACUUAGAUUAAGUGUUAUAAUAAUUUUUGUGCGUUGCCGGCCUUAAGAAUGUAAUAAGACGCUUAAAUAUUUAAUAAUUAGCACUAAGAAAUGGGAUACUAUAACACACACAAUUGAGGCUAAAAUAAUUUUUACCUAUUAAAUAUUACGAUUAUGUUUGAUAUUGAACUUGUAUCUCCAUUGUAUUUCAUACAAGUAGUGUCGAAUAUAUAUAUUAUGCAGGGUAAAACAUCUGAAUAUGAAUCCAAUUUUGACUGACCAUUACAGGGUUAACUUGUAAAACACCAGCAACCUCGCAGGACAAGAUAGCUAAUAUUAUCAUAAGUAACAACAUUAUUUUGUUCUACGACUUUUGAAAAUUGGUUAGUUUUUAU